GUGGCAUGCCGAUCACAUACGUCUGAAUGUUUAGCACUUGAUGGUGUGACCUGGGUUGGCGCGUGUGUAGUUGGAGCCAUUGAUAGUCCUCCAAGCACCUACGCUCGAGACUAAAUUUUCUGAAAGUCAACAAUGCGAUUCUGGAGUGCCUUUGCCUCAAUCGCAAUACUUCCCAUCGUCGCGGCUGAUUUCUACACUGCUUUGGUCAAGUGCAACACUAGUCACGGGCUGGAAGUCGAUUGGGCCAUCGUCCCUGGGAAUGUCGUCCCUGGGUCUCUAGGCGCUUGCCAAGAUACAGUGCAGCACUGGAUCGUUGGCAUUACUCACUCCGGGAGUUUGACAAACGGCUCGGUUUGUAACACGGAUAUCUCAGUAGAUGGGACCAGGAACCACUGGUAUGCAGCUGGACUCAGCGGAGAAUGCACAAAAGGUGAUGGAGGCACGAAAUGCAGUCGUGUGUCGGAUGGUGCGGAAUGCCAAUAUUCGGUCGUAUCGAAUUGCACCGGUCCUCCACCCUUCUGCGAUUAGUACAAGGAUCUGGUGGAGCAGGCAGCGGGCCCAUGUAGAAGUAGAAUACUUAACGAGGGCUGGAGCCCCUGCCAAGUGGAAAUUACUGUGUGCGUGAAUGCAUCUGCAUCCAGAAGCCGCGUCAACAGAAAGGGUUGCGAUAAAGGCAACGGAGACGAUGAAUCCUGAGGACAAUCAUUUUCAUGGCUGGGGAGGGGGGUUCUUGUUCGUACAAACAACUUCGAUAUCGAAUA